AGACGGGCGCCAUGAGCGGAGGACAUGAUGACUGCGUGUUGCCGCGUCAGAUGGUCCGGCAAGCUGGUAUACAGUCAUGAACUCAAUACACCGAGGCCAUCCUGACUGGAGCAUCGUCGGCUACGACCGCUGGCAUCGCGGAAAAAGCGAUGAUCUGCCACGGAAUGCGGAGGAACAUGACUUGACUACAGCCACGGCUGAUCUAGAUGCCUUUUUACAUGAAGUAUUGAAGGGUGGGCACAGCAAGUGGGAGAUUGUGCUGAUCGGGAACAGUAUCGGAUGUUCGUUGGCGAGGUUAUUGGCGACGGGUUAUGCUUGGAAUGUCAAGGGCAUCAUCCUCCUCGACUCGUAUAUGGCAAACUCCAACUUCGCAGACUGUUUCCCUCCCAGAUGUACGGACGAGGAUUCCAGACUAACAGCAGCACGUGAGGCCGUCGUCGCAUUUCUAGGCCCAGACGUUGACAGCCUCGAACAUCUCCGCCGGAACAACGCAGCCUCCGUUCUCCCCUCAGCAUCGGAGCCAAAGUUACCUGGAGAUCCGGUGUUGAUCGUUGCGUCUCAUGAUCCUGUACGUAAUUCAGAGCUUACGGCGUGUCGUUUGGGAAUCGAUGCAGGAGCUUUGCUGGAGGCGUUCGAGAGGAAGUGGCAUGAGUAUUUUGAGGGAUUGACAGAGCUGAGUGGGAGGAGUCAGGAGUUACGGGCUGUUGAAGGGGCUAGUCAUUUCAUCCAAAUCGAUAAGUCUGGAGAAGUUGUAAAGAUGAUAGAGGAGGUGGUGGAGAAGAUCACCGGUGCGUAGCGGGUGUGGGAGGAGUUUGGAGAAGGCCUUGGCCUGAGGAGCGGCAGCUGAACUAGCGAUUUGGAGCAUCAAGCAUACCUAGAUAAUUCAAUGGCAAAAGAGCGAAAGCAUAGAAGUAC